AUGAAGACACAACUCGCGCGCAGCUGGGCCGAGCCGCUCCUGUCCGGGAGCGUCGCAAGGCGCUCUGUAUCGCGACCCUCGGCGCCAUUCCUACGCAACUUCUUCACAUCGAUGCAACCCUCCGCGAUAUCUUUCAAGCAGUCAACCGUCCUUUGGUCUCGUCGCUCCCAGCCCUCUGCCCUCUCUCGCCACCUCCGAUUGCGCCGCUUCAAGAGCGACAAACCGAGUUCGCAAUAUCAGGGCCCUACCCCACAUCUCGGCAGUCCCGAGCCAGCUCUAUCAUUCUCCCAAAGGCUAAAAAAGUUAUCUCGCGAGUACGGGUGGUCAGCGGUGGGCGUCUAUCUUGGCCUGUCUCUCAUCGACUUUCCCUUCUGCUUUCUAGCAGUACGGCUUCUAGGGGUAGAGAGGAUAGGCCACUAUGAGGAUGUAGUCAAGAGCGCCUUCUGGAGCGUUGUACGGUUGGCAUUUCCAGAUGCAGGGAAGAAGUCAGCAGAAGAAAUCGCCGCCGCUGCUGCUGAGGCUGCCGACGAGGCUGCCGUGCAAGCAAAGAACGGAGCGAAUGCCUCAAUCUGGACUCAGCUCGGGUUGGCCUACAUUGUGCACAAGUCCUUGAUCUUCCUUAGGGUACCGCUGACCGCAGCCGUCCUUCCAAAGGUCGUUAAAACUCUAAGGAAAUGGGGUUACGACAUUGGGAAGAAGAAGCCCAAGCCAGCGUAA